AUGUCUGGCUCCUACGACGACUCUAUGAUCGACGUCUCGAGCGACAGCUUCUGGGAGGUGGGAAACUACAAGCGAACGGUGAAGCGCGUAGAUGACGGCAACCGGCUGUGCAACGAUCUAAUGAGCUGCAUCCAUGAGCGUGCACGCAUCGAGAAGAUGUACGCGCAGCAGCUCAGCGAGUGGGGCAAACGCUGGAGGCAGCUUAUAGAAAAAGGCCCUCAGUACGGCAUGCUGGAGCGAGCGUGGUCAGCACUGUGCACGGAGGCAGAGAAGGUGAGCGAGCUCCACCUGGAGGUCAAGGCGGCACUGAUGAGCGAGGACUACGAAAAACUGAAGAAUUGGCAGCGCGACGCCUUCCACAAGCAGAUGAUCGGCGGCUUCAAGGAGACCAAGGAGGCCGAUGACGGAUUCCGCAAGGCGCAGAAGCCCUGGGCAAAGAAACUCAAAGAGGUGGAGACGAUGAAGAAAGCGUAUCACUCUGCCUGCAAGGAGGAGAAGCUAGCAGCCAGUCGGGAAACCAACAGUAAGCUGGAGAGCAACAACAACCCCGAAGCGCAGAAGAAGCUCCAGGAGAAGGUUGAGAAAUGUCAGCAGGAGGCACAAAAGACCAAGGAACGCUACGAGAAGUCCUUGGAGGAGCUGGACAAGCUGACCCCUCAGUACAUGGAGAACAUGGAGCAGGUGUUUGAGCAGUGGCAGCAGUUUGAAGACAAGCGCAUCCGCUUUUUCAAGGAGCUCCUGCUGGAAGUCAAGCAACAUUUGGACCUCUCCACCAAUCACAGGUUCCAAACCAUAUACCACACGCUAGAAGACACCAUCGACGCCACGGACGCAGAGGAGGACCUGAAAUGGUUCCGGUCCAACCACGGCCCGGGCAUGCCCAUGAACUGGCCGCAAUUUGAGGACUGGUCUGUAGACCUGAACCGGACCCUCAGCAGACGGGGGACGAAGAAGAACUCCGAGGGCGUGACGCUGACAGGCAUCAGUCAAACCGGAUCCGACCAACCCGUCCAGCCGUCCAAGACCAACAGCAGCAGCCUAACCGUGCCUAAUAAAGCGCCGCCAACGGGAUUCAACCCGUUUGACGAGGAUGACGAUGACCAAGAUGAAGAGGAGCAGGAAGUGCAGGUGGAGGCGUUGGAGGAGACGCCGCCGGCUCGCAACCACAUCAGUGGGAAAAAGCAGGAAGUGAAAACCGUCAGCAGCACCGAGCGGACGGCAGACUGGUCGGACGAGGAAACCGCCGCCAACCCAUUCUCGGCCAAUGGCGACGGCAACCCGUUCGAAGAAGAGCCGGCCUCGCCGGUGCUGUCUGUGCCGGUCCGGGCGCUGUACGACUACGAGGGCCAGGAGCAGGAUGAGCUCACUUUCAAAGCCGGCGACGAGUUGACCAAAAUCGGCGAAGAGGAUGACCAGGGCUGGUGCAAAGGUCGACUCAAGGACGGGCAAGUCGGCCUCUACCCUGCCAAUUAUGUUGAGGACAUCCAGUAA